AUGUCCGGCGGUUACGGCGGCGGUUACGGUGGCGGCGGCGGCGGCUACGGCGGUGGUGGUGGUGGCUACGGCGGCGGCGGUGGUGGUUACGGCGGUGGUGGUGGUGGUUACGGUGGUGGUGGUGGCUUUGGCGGCGGUGGCUACGGCGGCGGCUUUGGUGGUGAAUACUCGCGCUCGCAAUACAGCAGCGGUGGUGGUGACCGCAUGAACAACCUCGGUGCCGGUCUCCGCAACAUCGACUGGAACACUACCGAGCUCGCCAAGUUCGAGAAGAACUUCUACAUCGAGGACAAGCGCGUUACCGCCCGCUCCGACGAGGAGAUCAACGAGUUCCGCAAGGAGAAGGACAUGCGCAUCCAGGGCAACAACGUCCCCCGCCCCAUCACCACGUUCGACGAGGCUGGCUUCCCCGAGUACAUCAUGUCCGAGAUCCGCGCCAUGGGCUUCGAGGCCCCUUCGCCAAUCCAGUGCCAGUCGUGGCCCAUGGCCCUCUCGGGUCGUGACGUUGUCGCCAUUGCCGAGACCGGUUCGGGAAAGACCAUCUCGUUCGCCCUCCCCGCCAUGGUCCACAUCAACGCCCAGCCCCUCCUCUCGCCCGGUGACGGCCCCAUUGUCCUCAUCCUCGCCCCCACCCGUGAGCUCGCCGUCCAGAUCCAGGCCGAGUGCACCAAGUUCGGCAAGUCGUCGCGCAUCCGCAACACUGCCGUCUACGGUGGUGCCCCCAAGGGCGCCCAGAUCCGCGACCUCCAGCGCGGUUGCGAGAUUGUCGUUGCCACUCCCGGUCGUCUCAUCGACAUGAUCGAGUCUGGCAAGACCAACCUCAAGCGUGUCACCUACCUCGUCAUGGACGAGGCCGACCGCAUGCUUGACAUGGGUUUCGAGCCCCAGAUCCGCAAGAUUGUCUCGCAGAUCCGCCCCGACCGUCAGACCCUCCUCUUCUCGGCCACCUGGCCCAAGGACGUCCAGCGUCUCGCCAUGGACUUCCUCGACGACUUCUUCCAGGUCAACAUUGGUUCGAUGGACCUUACCGCCAACCACAAUGUUACCCAGAUCGUCACCGUCUGUACCGACUACGACAAGCGCGGUAUGCUCCUCAAGCACCUUGACCAGAUCUCGCGUGAGAACGCCAAGGUCCUCAUCUUCGUCGGCACCAAGCGUGUCGCCGACGACCUCACCAAGUUCCUCCGCCAGGACGGUUGGCCCGCCCUCGCCAUUCACGGCGACAAGCAGCAGGCCGAGCGUGACUGGGUCCUCGCCGAGUUCAAGUCGGGCCGCAGCCCCAUUAUGCUUGCCACCGAUGUCGCUUCGCGUGGUCUUGAUGUCAAGGACAUCAGCUACGUUAUCAACUACGACUUCUCUAACAACUGCGAGGACUACAUCCACCGUAUCGGCCGUACCGGUCGUGCCGGUCGCAAGGGUACCUCGUACACCUACUUCACCACCGAGAACUCGAAGCAGGCCCGCGAGCUCGUCGGCAUUCUCCGCGAGUCCAAGUCCGAGGUCCCCCGCGAGCUCGAGGAGAUGGGCAGCUACGGCGGACGUGGCGGCGGCGGCGGCCGCUUUGGAGGUGGUAGGGGCAGGGGCGGUUUCCGAGGCGGCAACCGUGGUGGUCCCUCGGGAGCCAACGGUUGGUCGGGUGGCAGCAACCGUUGGUAA